AUGUCUAAACCACAGCACACAUCAGUUCUCUUCAUGUUGCUUUUUGCUAUUUCCUCUACUUAUGGGAAUUUCGAGUUAUUGGAGCUCGUUUUGACGUGGCCACCAACUUUUUGCUACAUGAACGAUUGCAACAGAUGGCCAAUUCCAAACAAUUUUACAAUUCAUGGGCUUUGGCCGGAUAACAAAUCCGUUAUGCUGAAUAACUGCGUGGGCUACCCAAAAGUGGGUUAUAAUAUCAUCAUGGAUGUCAGAAAACUAAGUGAGCUGGACAAACGCUGGCCUCAACUGAAAUACGACUACCAAACUGGUAUAGACGAACAAUAUCUCUGGAAAAAGGAAUUCCUAAAACAUGGAAGCUGUGGUAUAAAGCGGUACCCACAACCUGCAUAUUUUGAUUUAGCCAUGAAUUUAAAAGACAAGUUUGAUCUCUUGAGUACUCUCAGAAAUCAUGGGAUUACUCCUGGUUCAACUUAUCAGCUUGAUGAUAUCGAAAAGGCCAUAAAGACAGUUUCUAUAAAGGUUCCUAGCCUCAAGUGCAUUGAAAAAUAUCCUGGAGAUGUGGAACUCAGUGAGAUUGGUAUAUGUUUGGACCCAGAAGCAGAAUAUAUGGUUCCCUGUCCUCGAACUGGGUCAUGCCAUAACAAGAGAACUAAGAUAAUUAAGUUCCGAUGAUGAAUAAGUUUUCAUUUCAAUUGUUUUUUUUUGCUUUAUGCUAAGUAUAAUUAAUGGCAAACUCUACAGGUCACAAACGUAUUCUGUUCAGAUUACACUGUGAAACUAGUAAAAGAAACUUGUUAUCGACUUAUGAAAUAACAUUAUUGAACUUCCGUGACUCCAUAUAUCAUGAUGGUAAUAUUAUCUGGUCACAUCAUAAAUUAGGGUUGGAUGUGAUU